AUGGACUCCCGCGAGUUUUUCCGUCGCUUCCUUGGGUUUCCUCGCAACCCGUCUAGACCUCACUUCGAUGAGGACUUCGCCCCAGAAGAAAGGGCCAGCCGUGAUGAUGAUGGAUUCGGGGCUUUUUUUGGAGACAGCAGUAGAGGACUGGAGGGCAUGUUUGAGCACUUCCAUGGGGACAUGUGGAGGCAGAUGGAUGCCCUUCACCGACAGAUGGAGGAGAUGAUGAGAGGCUUUGGUGCCAUUGAUUUCCACUCCUCUGUAGACUUGCCACAGUUGCCAGCCCCACAGCCUAUUGAUCCUGGAAAGCAGGAAGGUACUCAAGUGUUCUCCUGGAACUUGGGGCCUACUCCUUUCUUUAGGCACCCUGAGAAGAAAAGUCCCAGGGAUUUCAUGUUGAAAGAGGGUGCUGAUAGUGACCUGCCUAGCAGACCAGCUUUGCCUGCAUCUCCUGGCACAGGUCACAAGACAAAGUUUGAUGGCCUGGUUCCCUUCAACAUCCCAGGCUCACACAAUUCUGGAGACACAGAUCUUGAUGGAAAAAUAAGUGAGGACAAACUUCUGGAACUCAUUAAACAACCAAAACAGAAGAUCUCCCUCAGCCAGGAUGUGCCUGGUGUCCUCUCAGCCAAGAAAUCAGUCAGUGUGUCCACAUUUAGAGGACCUGAUAAUAAAAUUGAACACAAGCGGAUUGUUCGAGACUCGUCUGGGCGGGAAGAGAGCACCAUUACCCGAACGAUUGGAGACAAAUCAUACACUGUGACCACGGUAACGGAGACGGAUGGUAGCCAGCAGCAGCAUCAGACUUUCAAAAACAUGGAUGAAACCCAAGUUUCACACUUUGAAGACGAGUGGAACAAGAAGAAACCUAUCCAGCCCAGAAGCCCAGCUGACCCUGUGUUGACCCCUAAAGCGGGUAGCUUGUUGGACUUGAACGACAGGGGCCUGUUUACCCGAAUAUUUGAUUGGAAGGAUCAGUAG